AUGGCCGGUGAUUUAACUCCUUCAUUAUUUUUGAAAUAUGGUUUUGGUGGUGCUUUGAGUUGUUCAAUUACUCACAGUCUUGUAGUCCCACUUGAUGUCGUUAAGACUCUCCUCCAAACCAACCCAGGUAAAUACACUGGUAUGAUGAACGGUUUCAGCACCGUCAUUAAGGAACAAGGUCCAUCUGGUUUAUUACAAGGUUUAGGACCAACUGCUGUUGGUUAUGCCUUACAAGGUUUCUUAAAAUUCGGUUUCUAUGAAGUCUUCAAAAAGACCUACGCUGAUGCUGUUGGUGAAAAAGCCGAUCAAUUCAGAAUCCCAAUUUGGUUAGCUGCCUCAGCCACUGCUGAAGUUAUUGCUGAUAUUGCUUUAUGCCCAAAUGAAGCCGUUCGUAUUCGUUUAGUUGCUGAACCAACUUUCGCUAAAUCACCAGUUGAAGCUUUCGGUAAAAUCUUCAAACAAGAAGGUGUCCUCGGUUUCUACAAAGGUCUCCCACCAAUUUUAUUAAAACAAGUCCCAUACACUAUGGCUAAAUUCGCUGUUUUCGAAUUUACUGCUGAAAACGUUUACAAAGGUUUAGCCGCCAGUGGUAAACCAAAGGAAUCAUUAACUGAUGGUCAAAAACUCUCUGUUUCAUUAGGUUCAGGUAUUGUUGCAGGUAUUGUUGCUGCUAUUGUCUCUCAACCAGCUGAUACCAUUUUAUCAAAGAUCAAUCAAGAAAAGACUGAUGGUGGUGUUGUUAAAGCAAUCGGUAACAUCAUGAGACGUUUAGGUGUUCGUGGUUUAUUCUUAGGUCUCCCAACCAGAUGUUUCAUGGUUGGUACUCUUACUGCCGGUCAAUUCUUCAUUUAUGAUGGUAUUAAACAAAUGUUAGGUCUCACCCCAGCAAAGAAAUAA